AUGAACCAAACCGCAGGUUCCGGUGGUUAUCGCAGGAGGGCGCAGCCGCUUCGACAAUUGAGUUUUGAGGGCAAAGGUGGCGUGUUCAAGUUCAGGUCAGGAGUAGUCACUCUUGAUGAGCUGGCGCCGGCAUAUGGUAAAGCCACUGGUACCCAAGCCAAGGUUGUCCACGCAGGCAAUGCGGAAGAUAUUACACAGGAGGUACAAGCAGCACGCGAGGUAAAAGGGCCUUGA